AUGAUCGCGACGCAGAAGAUUGUGCUCCAGGGCAAUGCUGUUGCCCAGCCCGCCCGGCGGGUCGGCGGCCGCAGGGUCUCCGUGCGCACUCAGGCCGUGUCCGCGCCCCCGAGGCUCAACACCGCCGAGUCGGAGAGGAUCUUCAACGAGGCCAAGGACCUGAUGCCUGGCGGCGUGAACUCGCCCGUGCGUGCGUUCAGCUCCGUCGGCGGCCAGCCCAUCGUCUUCGAUCACGUCAAGGGCCCGUACGUCUACGACGUCGACGGCAACAAGUACAUCGACUACGUCGGCACGUGGGGCCCGGCGAUCUGCGGCCACGCGAACGAGGAGGUCAACACCGCCCUCGUCGAGCAGCUCGCCAAGGGCACUUCCUUUGGCGCGCCCUGCGAGCUCGAGAACAAGCUGGCCAAGAUGGUGAUCGAGCGCAUGCCGUGCUGCGAGAUGGUCCGCUUCUGCAACUCCGGCACCGAGGCCUGCAUCUCCGCCGCCCGCCUCAUGCGCGCCUACACGGGCCGCGACAAGAUUCUGAAGUUCGUCGGGUGCUUCCACGGCCACGGCGACCCCUUCCUGGUCGCGGCGGGGUCCGGCGUGCUCACGCUCGGCCUCCCGGACUCCCCGGGCGUGCCGGCCGAGGUCGCCGCGCGCACGCUGACCGCGACGUACAACAACCUGGACUCGGUGCGCUCCAUCUUCGAGGCGAACAAGGACGAGAUCGCCGGCGUGAUCCUCGAGCCCGUCGUGGGCAACUCGGGCUUCAUCCCGCCGACGCAGGAGUUCCUCGAGGGCCUCCGGACCAUCUGCGACGAGGAGGGCGCGGUCCUGUGCUUUGACGAGGUCAUGACGGGCUUCCGCAUCUCCAAGACGAGCGCGCAGGGCUACUUCGGCGUCACGCCGGACAUCACCACGAUGGGCAAGGUCAUCGGCGGCGGCCUGCCCGUCGGCGCGUACGGCGGCAAGCGCGAGAUCAUGGAGACGGUGGCCCCCGCGGGGCCCAUGUACCAGUCCGGCACGCUCUCGGGCAACCCGCUGGCGAUGAUGGCCGGCAUCAAGACGCUGGAGAUCCUGGGCCGCGAGGGCACGUACGAGUACCUCGACAAGAUCACGGGCAAGCUGAUCAACGGCAUCCUCGAGGCCGGGCGGGACGCGGGGCACGAGAUCUGCGGCGGGCACAUCUCGGGCAUGUUUGGGUUCUUCUUCAACCCGGGCCCGGUGACGUGCUUCGAGGAGGCGAAGAACUCGGACCUGGACAAGUUCAAGAGGUGGCACCGCGCCAUGCUCGAGCGGGGGGUGUACCUGGCGCCGAGUCAGUUCGAGGCGGGGUUCACGAGCCUCGCGCACACGGACGAGGACAUCGAGCGGACGAUCGAGGCCGCGCGCGACGCCAUGAAGGCCAUCUAA